ACUUGUUCAGUGGAAGAGGCGCGUCUGUUGUUUCACGAAGGAUGAACAGCUGCUGCCUGACAUCAGUUAUACGAGCAUUACAUAUGGUUGAUAUCCCCCGGCCCUUUUCGUAGGGGAUACAAUUAGAAACUCUUCUACGGCCAGCUGCCCUUCGAGCUCGUCGACAUUAUCAUCUCCGAGUUUUGAUACUUUGAACAUCUAUCUGAAGACCAUAUAGCCUUCAUGACUGCAUGCACCCUUGUCUGCACCCUCUGGAGGGAUGCCUAUGCCAGUAUCACAUCCUGGCAUAUCUACGUCCCCACCGUCGGAUACCUAUUCUACCUUAGCUCUAUCACCCGUUCCAAAACAUCCUCGGUCUACCGUCCUUUUCCCCGCGAAUCUACGUGUACCAUUACCUGUCAUGUCAAUCUCAUCAAAUCAAACAACGACUCAGCCUUAUUUCCCUACAUAGUGUUGUGCCACAUGCCCAAUUAUGCCGGCUUUCGCAAAUGUUUCCCCAACAUCCAGUACACCCACCUCGAAAUUAAGCUCUUUCCAGGAGCAUGCAGCCCUUUGGAGGUGUUUGACCAACUCAUACGAACUCGGGUCUCCAUAAGACUUGAUCAGGCGAAAACAUGGCCCGGUGUGCUACCCGUAGAUUGGUGCAUCACCAUUGAUGAUCCUCCGGAUAUCGACGAAGUCGAUCCUCGUGUUCUCAGACAGACAUGGAGAACCUUCCUUAGCGAGCUGCUAAGGAACAUGAUCGAUAAACGCUCCCAUUCGUCUGCAGCGGAAGGCUCGAAGUGCUCCGGCGGUGUCUGCCAUCGCACCUGCUGCGAAGAGCAAUGGAGAGAUGUACGUGGUAUCAACCAUUGUUUCUGGAAGGCGGGCAGUGGAAGAACCUUUACCAUCAAACACACCGCCUUAGUCUUGCUAUGACGGAGAAUAGCGACGCGGCUUUAGUCUGACACGUCCAAUGUUCAGUUAAAUGUGUCUCUCUAUGCUUUUUUAGCUCCCUGAAACGUCCACUAGAUGAUUCAACUGCGUGAUGUCUGGCCACCCAUAUGUAUUCUUGCGCCAUGCAAUCGCUCUUUUUUCAC